CCCGCACCCACCGAGAGCCUGUGGUGGUAGCUUAUGUGGUGAAAGUGUCGAGGAAACUUACUUAUUUUUAUUGUUUUUUGUGGUAGGUAAACGUCUAUUAACCACAGUAUUUGAUAGAGGCCAUGCUGAUCGUUUGAGCACAGAAACACCUCCCUGGUUGUAGAUAAUAAUACAUGUAGACUGGUCGCUGGAACGCACAACCACACACACCCCCUGGCUGGCUACCUAGUGCACCAGGGUAACACAACGUAUGAAUACAAGUACCAACCUUAUCUAGGUUGGGUGUAAUCCACGGUGCACAUCAGUGGUGAAAGAAAGCGACGGUGCUCGUCAAGUGAAGACGACACCAUGGAGCCGUCAAACAAGAAACAACAACAUCAACACAAGCAAGAUUUAGGAACAUCAACCAAGAAGAAGAAGGACAGAGAAAAUAGAAACUCCGUAUCAAAUGAUUUGGCCCAUGACUGGAUGCAAAAGAACGAAUUUGUGAUAGUGUCGGUGUGGGUUGGGCAAGGCCAUGACAAUCGGACUGUCAACAUCAACACAGAUGAAACUGAGCUUACAGUAUCCCUGCCAGAUGGCCGAAAGUUUUCCACUCAACUAUUUGAAACUGUGUUGCCAGAAGCAACUUCUAUGUCAUACAAAGGAGCUCGAUGCAUUGUUAAACUUCUGAAGAGCGACCCAAAUAUCCAUUGGCCACAUUUAGAGCCUGCCAAAAAGCCCACUCCAGAGAAAAUAAUAUCAACCAAAGCUAAGAGUUCUUCCCUGUCACCGGGCAAAACCCCAGAGAAGAAACCUGCCGAGGUGGACAACAAAGUGGAUAACAAUACUGUGUGUGUGUCCAAUGUUAAGAUAGAUUAUAUGGAAAGAGAUGCAGAGAGUCUCAUAGUGGUGUUCCUCUACAUAAAAAAUAUAAACAAGGAGACGUCUUUUGUCACUUUCACAGAAGAUUCUAUAUCGGCGAGCUUUUCAACGAGUGAUGGUCGGUUUCUUCAACAAUAUUCAGGCAGUACAGAAGAUACUGUGUUUGAAUGGGACUUAACUCUCAAAGACAAGGUUGUGCUAGAAGACUGUAAAUUCAAAGUCAAUCCAAAUAACAUAGAAAUUAAGUUAAAGAAGCAAAACAAUAAAAAAUGGGGUGCUCUAACUGCUGUCACACCAGACUCUGCUGCAAGCAAUAAAGUGGCAAAAAAUAUGUGGAUGGCAGCCAGUAAGACAGAAACUCCAACUCUGUCCAACAUUCCUCCAGCUCCACCUAUUCCACCAUCUAUGGAGAACAAGAAACCAAUGUGCCUGGUUUCACCUGUCAGUAAAGGAAUGAGAGGCGGCCCUUCCUCCUCUUCGUCAUCAAUGUGUGAUGGGGGAAGUGUUGUUCCUCGUGGAACUACUGGUUUAGACAACAUAGGCAACACCUGCUUCAUGAAUAGUGUUCUCCAGUGCCUAGUCAACACUCAAGAACUCAGGGAAUAUUUCUUAGAUUUUAAUUUCCAGCAGGACAUUAACAAGGACAACCCUCUGGGCAUGGGGGGUAAGUUAGCUGUAUCCUUUGCCAUUCUCAUGAAGCUGCUGUGGUCUGUCACUAUAUCCUCCCAUGCACCUACAAAGCUCAAGUCUAUGAUGUCCAUGAAGGCUAACCAGUUUUCUGGUUUUGCCCAACAUGAUGCUCAAGAAUUUAUGGUGGAGCUCCUGGAUGGUUUACAUGAGGAUUUGAAUCGCAUCAAGAGGAAACCAUACAUGGCAGAGCCUCCUGAUCUUGAUGGCUGGCCAGACAAGAAGGCAGCAGAUGAAUCGUGGAAACUACACAAGAUGCGGAACGACUCGAUAAUUGACGACCUCUUUAAAGGCCAGUUCAAGUCUACCCUAACAUGCCACGAGUGUAACAAAGUAUCUGUCAAAUUUGACGAGUUCUGCUGUCUCUCCGUACCUAUACCAAAAGACCAAAAGGUAAUUCAGGUGAUUUUUUUUUGGAAAGAUCCUUACCAAAAACCUAAGAAAUUUUUCAUUCGCGUGCCUGCUAAUGCUGCAAUUGAAGAGCUGAAGCAAGAACUGUAUGAACGAACUGGUGUUCAAGCAUCUUUAAUACAGGUGUUUGAAAAGUAUAAAACAAAAAUCCACAAAAUAUUCACCAAGGGAUCAACACUUUCAUCAGUUGUCCCCAGUGAUACUCUUAUGGCCUUUGAAGUUUACAACCCACAGCAGGUGGGUGAGUCAGUGGUAGAAGUGGCAGUGGUGCAGCGGAUGAUGAUCCCAAGUCCUCCAACCCGCUGUGCCUACUGCUCCAGAAAUGCUGCUUCGGGAACUAAGUUGCGUCGUUGUACCAAGUGUUUCCGUGCGGGAUACUGCCACCGAGCCUGUCAAAAAAAUCACUGGCCCAGCCACAAGGUUCACUGUAAAUUAGUUCCUGAACCUGUGGGAAGUCCGUUCAUCUUGUCUCUUCCUAGGAGCCAUGCAACAUACUCCCGCUUGGCUCGCAUCAUGGAAGCUUACGCACGAUACUCGGUCGAUAUCUUCCAACCUCCUGUAUUCCAUAAUUCUUCUCACCGAGGCAGCACAUCUAGCGUAGAACUCUCUAGUGAAGAGAAUGAUGACAUGGAGGUUGAGGAUGGUGAACCUGAGGGUAAGGGAGAUACCAGCAACAUAUUGAUGGCCGGAGAAAGUUCUCAAGGAGAAGCUCAGAGCAAUUGGGCUGAGGAGGGUGCAGUUGGCAGUGAUGGUGGCGGUUGUGACAGUGGCGGAGGCAGCGAUGGCGGGGGAGGUAGCGGAUGUGAUGAGCCUCCACAAUUGUCUACAUCCCCUAGUAUUCGAGCGGUUCAACCCCGAGGAAGUAUGCAGUUGCCAUCGGCAACACAGUUGUUUGUUAUUCGGCCCGUGAACAACCGUGCCCAGAACUUGUCGGCACCAGCGGGCGAAACACUUGAAGACAAAGGUGAUGAACCUUUAGACUUAAGUGACAAAUACUAUCUUGCCAUGGACUGGAGAACAAAUGAGAGGCUUCCAGUCCACUGCCUUGUACAAGAUAAAGAAGUGGACUGUGAAACAGAGGGCUCAUAUUCAGUACAGCGUAAUCAACCCACCAGUUUGGAGGCUUGUAUUGACCUUUUUACCCAGCCAGAAAAUUUGUCUGAAGGGGAUUCUUGGCGAUGUCCAAGAUGUAAAAAGCCGGUGGAAGCAACCAAGCAGAUGAGUGUGUGGAGGUUACCUCAUAUCCUUAUCAUACAGCUCAAGAGAUUCUCCUUCAAAUAUAGUCUCUGUUCAGACAAGAUUGACAAGUUUGUGCAGUACCCAAUUAGAGGGUUAAACCUGCGGCCUUACAUGUCAGCUGAGCCAGAAGAUGGUCCAGCCAUUUAUGAUCUCUACGGUGUUAUCAACCACAUGGGUCGGCUCUUGGGCGGCCAUUAUACCUCAUACGCUCGGCUGGUAUCAAAACACGAUUCUCGUCAGUCUGAAAUAGACUGGAGGUUGUUUGAUGAUAGUCGAGUCAACUUCUGUCCUGAGUCACGCGUCGUCAAUGAGCAAGCCUAUCUGCUCCUGUACCGACGGAGAGACACUCCAUUUUCAAUGCACAGACCUUUGCCUCCACCUGCUCCUGCAGCCCUGGAGGAAAAUGGCUUUGAACAAGGGGCAGAAAUUGAAGAGGCAACACCAAUGUCCAUCUCCUCCACCUCUCAGCUGUCCUCUUCCCAACCUUCCUCCUCCAGUCUUGAAGGAGAGGAACAGCUUAGUACUGCUCAGGAAGAACUUGACUGAAUCAGUCAUUUAUCAGUUUGAUCAAGGCGCAUGUUGGCUCUUGUAUGUAUCAGUAAUGUGCAAGUUAGUGGCUCACACUUUUAAUUAAUUUUUAUUAUUUAUUUCUGGUUGUGUAAAGUUUGUUGUACUAUAUUUCAUACUUUGAUUUUUUUUUUAAAUUACCAUCUCUCCUUUAUAUGAAUUUGUCUUUUAGAAGUAUUAUUUGAACUGCCCCACAUCUAUGAGAGGACACAAAGACACAGCUAUGAUCUAUCCCAGGUUUACAGCAGGGUUUUUCAUGCAUUUUCUCCAGAUACUAUUAUUGAUGUCAUGUAUCACCCUAUUAGCUCACACACUUUUCAGACAUAUCCAUAUACAGGUACUGUACUUGUUAAUACUCACCCUAUGCUAACAAUUAUACAUACCAUCAGUCACUAGUAAGUUAUCUUUCUUUCAUUCCACACUUCUUCAACAUGUUUUUUGUAUUUCUACUUUAACUUGUCAGUACAGUAUAGAACACACGUCCUGUGACUUCCAUUAUCCCCUGAAUCAUUUAUCUAUGAAAAAAAAUCAUUAAGAGUUCCUCACACUGCUGGGUGUAGUAUUGGCUCCACUGUUUUUAUCCAACUUUAAGAAUAUUUACGACUCCAUUAAUGUUUCUUUCUUAAAGUUCAGUCAGUUAAUAAUGGAUUUUGUCGUCCUAUUUAAUGAUGUAGGUCUGAGAACUCUUGUAAAUAUUAUUUUCCUGUGACACAAACCAUAAAAGUUUGUUUUUCAUAAUUUUGAGUCACUGUGAUCAUUGGUCAAAUGUUAUACAGUACUAAGAUUCUCAGAUGAUUUUUUUGCAGAGCAGCAUGGCAGCCUUGCAAGUGAGUAGUUUUACUAAAAGAAAAAAUGUUUGACAAUUAUGCAAAAUAUUAGAAGUUAAAUUUUUUAAGCAGAAAAUGAACAAGAAUUGUUGAUGUUUUUAAAGAGGUUGUGUAAGGCAGUACAGCACAGUUGAUGUUUGCAAAUGGACGUAAGGAUAUCCAUGUUUUUAAUUAAAGGUCUUGGAGGCACUUAUAUUUU